GCAUUGCAGGCAUCAAGGCAUCAACUUCUCGUAGUAGCCUAUAAGUCAUGAACCAGGUAUCUGCUCCGUGUCCGAGACCAGGAUUGAAACGUGAGGACAGGUGCAAGUUAGUCAUAUCAUGAAGAGACAAAACGUCCGGACCCUCGCACUAAUAAUUUGCACUUUUUCGUAUUUACUCAUCGGUGCAUCCGUGUUCGACGCGCUAGAAUCUAAACAAGAAAACAGCCAGAAAAGACAACUGGAUCAGCGCAAAUAUGAACUGAUGCGAAAAUACAACCUGACGAGGACCGGCUUUGAUGAGCUAGAGAAAGUGGUGCUGCAGUUGAAGCCACACAAAUCAGGGGUUCAGUGGAAGUUUGCCGGAUCUUUUUACUUCGCUAUCACUGUGAUAACGACAAUAGGUUAUGGACACGCGGCACCGAGCACAGAUGCCGGAAAGGCAUUCUGCAUGUGCUACGCCCUCCUGGGGAUCCCUUUGACGCUGGUCAUGUUCCAGAGUGUGGGUGAGAGAAUCAACACCUUCGUCCGCUUCCUGCUGCACAAGACCAAGAAGUGCCUCGGCCUGCGGCACACCGAGGUCUCCAUGGCCAACAUGGUCACCAUCGGCUUCUUCGCCUGCAUCAGCACGCUGUGCGUGGGGGCCGUGGCCUUCUCGCACUACGAGGGCUGGAGCUUCUUCCACGCCUACUACUACUGCUUCAUCACCCUCACCACCAUCGGCUUCGGAGACUACGUGGCGCUGCAGAAGGACCACGCGCUGCAGAACAACCCCAACUAUGUGGCCUUCAGCUUCGUUUACAUCCUGACGGGCCUGACGGUGAUCGGCGCCUUCCUCAACCUGGUGGUGCUGCGCUUCCUCACCAUGAACGCCGAGGACGAGCGGCGCGACGCGGAGCAGCGCGCCCUGCUGUCCCGGGAGAAGAAGCACAGGGGGGGCCCAGCCGCAGCCCCAGCCUCAGCCCCGGGUCCGGGCCAGAGCCCUGCCCAAAGGCACCGCCACCACUCAAGGUCCAGGCUGGCGGCGCCGGUGGUCCGUUUGGACCCCGGGCCCGAGGAGGCCUGCAGGCGCGGUCUGAGAGACGUGUACGCCGAGGUGCUGCACUUCCAGACCAUGUGCUCCUGUCUGUGGUACCGCAGCCGGGAGAAGCUGGUGGUGCUGCCGCAGGACCUGUCCUUCACCGAGGCGCUCAUGGAGCAGGGCGAGGUGUCGCCCGGGGGCUUCUACGACCCGGGGGUCAGCGGGUGUGUGUGCAGCCCCCGACAGUGCUCCGCCACCAGCUGUACGUCCACCGACAUGCACAGCAUCGCCCCCUUCAGCCUGUGCACGCUGAGACGCAGCUCAGUCUAACCGAACACUGCCGUUAACUAACUAACUAACUAACUAACUAACUGCAGUAACUAUUCACUAACUAACUGCAGUUCAGUUCAGUUCAGUCGAACACUAUAGACUUGAAAAGGAGAGCUACACUUCAAGGUGCUAUGCUAUGAUAAGAAGUGUAAUAUUUUCAAACUUAUUUAUUUCAGUAAUAACCUCUCAAAACAUGUCUCUCUCAUGUGCUAUGAAACAUUUGUUUAUAAAGGAAGGUAUAUAAGUUGUUUAUUAAACUGUAUAAUUUACAUGUCUGAUGUUACAUCUAAAACAUUUAUCUAAAUGCAUCUCCUUGUAGCCUCAUCUGAAGACAAUGGUACCAUUACCAUGGGCAAUAU